UCUCUGUCUUCAUUUCACAACUGCAGUUUCUUCCUUUUUUUAAUUUCAGUUUUUGUAAUGUUUUCGUGUCUUUUUUUGCUCUAAAACUGGGAAGUGGCCAUUUCAGUGCUGUUUUCGGUUUAUUUCAUGAGAUUUGUGGCUGACUGUUCAGACUCUCAUACCAACAGAUGAUUUUGUCACUUUAUUCAAUCAUGUUGUCCUUGGCUUUGAUUCUUACUUGUGCCUGUGAGUAUGAUGGAAAUGUUCUCUCUACUAAAUGACGACUAGACUCCAGCAGCACACACUUGAUUAUAUCUCCAGACUGAAGAUGGAACAACAGUAUUAAUGAUCUUAAUAAACUUGGUGGUGAUCACUCAACAUCAUGUGGAAAUCUGUGGAUUCAACCUAUCUGCUUGGUUUCCUUUUUUAUCUGCUUAUACCUCAUACAGGAGUCCUUUCGGAUGCACAUGAAUGCCUCAGGAUCUCGCUCAAUGCCAACCCUGUGCACCUGGGGUCAUCACUGGUUGCUACCUGCAAAAUAAUAAACACCUCCUGUCUUAUGGGCUCUAUUGCUCACGCCUCCGAGAUACUGUGGCAACACGACAAUGUGUACAUUGACAAGACACAGUACACAAUUGUGGAAAAGACCAUGUCCCAAGUCAACAUUUCUGCUUUCAACCAAACAGUUGGAAACCUCAGCUGUCAGAUUCCACAAGGAUCAGAAGGAAUUCUGCAAAAUGAUGUGCAAAUCCAAGCUGGCUUUCCUCCAGAGAAACCAACGAAUUUAACUUGUGUAACAAGCUGGAAGGAAAAAAUCAGCAUGACAUGCAGCUGGGAUCCAGGCAGGGACUCCUACAUCCGAACAACCUACACACUCCGCAGAAUAAAGAAUUUGGGUAAGUGCCAUAAUCAUGAAAUGGAUGCAAAGUGGAAUGAUUGCUUGUCUCAGGAUUCCCAUUCCUGUACUGUUCCUCGUGACAAACUCCGUCUCUUCUCCACUGACGAUAUCUUUGUGCUCGCGAAGAAUGAACUCGGAUCCCAAGUGUCUGACGUCCUGUGCCUUGAUGCAAUGGAUGUGGUGAAACUAGAGCAGCCUGUCGAUCCCAUCAUACAAGGAGAUCCACGAAGCAGCAAUUGUUUGAUUCUAAGAUGGAGGAUAAGAAUUAAACCCCACAUUCAAUGCCAGUUGCAGUACCGGGAACACAGCGAGUCUGCUUGGAGACAAAUUUUGGCUUUCAAAGAACUGCAGAAAGAGGAGCGUCUGUGCCAGUUGUCACCAGGCACUGAGUACCUAAUCCGCAUGCGUUGUAAGUUGUCUGGUACAACUCAAUACUGGAGUGACUGGAGCACAGAAUACUCUGGACGCACUGCAGAAAGCCCUCCUGUGGGGACACCUGACGUCUGGUGGCAUUUUGAAGGUUCUGCUCAAGAUGAAAAAAUGCACAUUCGAAUAUUUUGGAAAGAACUGAAGGAGUCAGAAAUGAAUGGGAGGAUCCAAGGCUACAGAGUGACAUAUGGAUGUGAACCUGAUGCUAAUCAUCCUGAAGUCACUUUAUGUAAUACUACAAGUUUGAGCUGCAGAAUCUCAACUCCCAAAGGAGAUGGCAACAUAUGUGUCCGUGCUUACAACACAGCUGGGCACUCUCCUGCUGCAUUGCUGGCACUGCCGACUCUAUACCAGACAGAUAUUGCUGCUCUUCAUCCACAUGUAAACAUCAUCCCAAUAACAGAACACAGUCUCCAAAUUAAUUGGACUCUUCUCAGCAUCCCAGUUCUUGGUUACAUUGUAGAAUGGUGCAAAAUGUCAGAAUAUUCCUGUGAAAUCAACUGGAAGAAAGUUUCAGCAGACAGCACUAGUUCUGUUCUACAAGAGAAUAUUGAACCCAUGAAAUGUUAUGCCAUCUCCAUCUACCCUCUGCUUUUCAAAGGACUUGCAGUUCCAUAUUCUACUGAAGCAUAUUCCAAGCAAGGUGCCCCACUGACUGGCCCGAAAGUAACUGCAAGCCGUAUUUGGAAAUCUAAAGCUGAGGUGAUCUGGGAGGAGAUUCCAAUCAACAAACGCCAAGGUUUUAUUCGGAAUUACACAAUAUUCUACAGUGAUAAGACAGGGCUUGUUCAACAUAUCGUGAGAAAUGAAUUGGAAAAGAGAUACGUGUUGACUGGGCUUCGAGCUGCUACUGAUUAUGAGGUGACAGUCAUGGCAACAACUGAUGCAGGUGGAACAAAUAGUUCUGUCUUGAAUCUUACCACAAAGAAAUCUGAUGAUGAGAACAUUGUGAUUAUCAUUGCAUGGCUUUUCCUAAUUCUCCUUCUCUUGAUGUCCGUUCUGCUUUUGAUGUAUUUUCUUUACAAAAAGAUGUCAACUGGCCAACUAUGGCCAAAGAUACCAAAUCCUGCAAACAGCGCCCUUGCCAGCUGGAGCCCAGGGAGGCAAUCCCAGGAUUGGAAUUCUUUGGAAGGAGCCCCUGACCACGUUGUUUCCUCUGUUACUUUACUUCAGAGAGACGAAAGACAGAACACCGCUUUUGGAGCAAAAUCAAACCCCUUGCUUGAUGAUGAAAAUGUUCUGAACGUUGACGUGAAUAUAAAGAGCACCAGUGGUGUAGCAACUCUGCACUGUUGCUCAGAGGGGCAUAAUUAUGUUGUUUACAUGUCAUACCACAAUCAUUCUGAGGAGGCUCAGUAUGCAACUGUGUUGCACUCUAAAGGUCCACCCACACUCUUCUUGAGGUCAGAUUCCACUCAACCACUUCUGCAUGAAUUAACCCCAAGUCCCAAACUAUAUGAGAAUCCAUGGUUUACAACGUCUGCUACAAAUGACAGUGAAUCGUCCCAGGAUAUUUCAUUGUCAGGUGUUACAGUUGAAGAGGAGGAAAUCUGGAAAACGUUCCCACUUUUAUGGGGAUUGGUGUCUGAGCACAAAGCUGAUUAAAUGGUGACACAGUUAUGACCCAUUGGUGAAUUACAGAAAUGGUGACACAUUGAUUGAUGAUGCACUGAUGCUUCAAAGAUGCCACAAUCGUCAAUGCUGAAUGGUAACAGCUCUGCUCCAUGCACCAGUGUGAGCAACUCACUCUGCCCAAUUCCUCUGCUAUUUCUGCAUUGACCUGCAGUUUGUUUCUUCUCUUCAUGGAGUUCUAUAAAUUCCUUUUGAAUCCACAUUUGAAUCUGCCUCCCCCACCAAUCUCCAAAAGUACAUUCCAGAUUUCAAACACUGGCUCUCAGAUUUUCUCCUGUCACUUUUGGUACUUUUGCUGAUCACCUUAAUCAAAUGUCCUCUGGUUUUUGACCUUUCCACCAAUGGAAAGAAUUUAUCUAAACUGUUUGAUCCAAACCUCAGGUCAUUUGAAUACGUGCAUCAAAUUUCCUUGCAACAACCAGUUCCCAAAGGAUAAAACUCUCAACUUUGUUGAUUUAUACAUGUAACUGAAGUCUUCUGUCAUUGGAACCAUUCUCAUUUAUUUUUCUGUGUCCUCCUAAAAAGACUGUUACCUGUAGUUAGACACAAAACUCUAAUUAAAACUGAGCUAUGUUCACCACAAACUCCUUACUUUUGUAGUGUAUAUACUUCUUUUUGCAAAGCCCAAAGUUUCAUUUUCCCAUUAACCACUUUCACAUUCAAUAUAUGACCAAUAUCAAUAAUUCAUAUUGGUAUUUCUCCAGAUCUUUCUGCUCUUGCACCCUAUUUAGAGAGAGAAUUGUAUCCUUCACUCUCUCACCUUUUCAUAUUACCCAAACAAAAUGUAUUAUUUCACACUUCUCUGAACUAAACUUCAUAAGCCCAGCCAUUUGAUCAGCCUCAUGAUGUCCUCUCUCAGUUCACAAUGCUUCCAAUUUUAUGUCAUCAGGAAAUUUUGAAAUUGUGGCCUGCACACCCAAGUUUGGUCAUUAAUAUAGAUCAUGAGAAACCAUAAAUCGUGAGGAUCAAGAGUAGACUAUUCAGCCUAUCAAGUCUGCCCCACCAUUCAGUGUGAUCGUGCCUGAUCGAACACCCAUUCUCUAUUACUCAAACAACUUGUAUCCAUGCUGCCUCGAUUGCCUUUGUUCCUUGGGCCUCAGCUUUGCUGACAAAGCAUUUUUAAAGAAAACCUUUUGGAAAUCCAUGUACAUGACACCAAUC